AUGUCUCGCCGACCGCGAACUUGUCCGCGGACAGAGCUCUCCUCCGCUAGCGCUUCCCCCUCCGCGAAACCGUUUCCAAUUCACGGGGAGCUGCUGGCGGGCGUGCUGGCGCUGCUGGACCCGCUGCUGCUGCUGCGCGCGCGACUCGUAUGCGCGGAAUGGUGCCACGUCAUCAGCUCCUCGCGCCACCUGUGGCAGCGAGUGGUGGAGAGACAAGUGACGCUGGCCGAUAGGGCACGUGCUGGGGCAGAUAUCGCCACGGAGGGAGCUGAAGGGGGGAACGCGGGGCUCGGAAAUGCGGAAGUAGGAGGAGGAGGCGCGGGUGACGAGAAGAAUAGGUCGGGCGGGGGCGGAAAGGGGGGCGCAGCGCGGAGGGGAACAAAGGAGAGGGGAGGAAAGGCGGAGAGUGGGGGCGCGGGAAGGGAAGCGGGAAGAGGGCAGGAUGGCGCGGAGGAGGGGAGCGGGGGGGAGGAGGUGGAGGGGAUGGGGAAUGAGGGCGUGCGCGCGGCCGUAGGGAUGGCGGUGGGGGCGGAGCAGAGGAGACGAGGUUGGGGGGCGGUGUGGGUGGAGGUGGGAGGGGGAGGGAGAUGGGGGGGAGAGAGUGGAGGUGAGGAUAGAGUAGGCAGUGUGGCGAUGCGGCAUGGCGUGGUGGCCACGGGCGGCUCAGAUGAUGUAAACCUCCCCAUCCCCCUCCUCCACCCCCUACGCACGCGUGUGCACUCCCCCAUGCAUAUACCUGCCUCCCCACGGGCUCCUCCCAUUCCCAUGUGCUCACUGCUCCCCUCUGUCCCUGUUCCUGCACUCCCAGCUCUCCCUUCCGCGCAUGGUUCUGCCUCCUCCUCGCCCUUCUCCCCGCCUGCCUGCUGUCAGACGGCUUGCUUCCCCUCUCCAGCCUCUCAGCCCAUCACAGCCGUUGAUCUAACAGACGUGAUGCUCCUUGCUGCAUCGGGCACGCAGGUCUUUGCAUGGAACAAGGAGACCGGGAAGCUGCUCAGAAGCUUCGGCGGCCACCACCAGCGCAUUCGCACGAUCAGCUAUGACGACACGGACCUGCUAGCAGCAUGCAGCGACGGCACUGUUCAUGUGUACGACAUAUACAGUGGCAUGACCACCCACAUCCUCCGUCCACACGCUCGGGCGCGUGGCGGGGCGGCAGCCAUGAGCUACAGUUCCACCAUGGGGCUGCUGCUGUCGGGCGGCACGGACGGCACGGUUCGUCUUACUGACUGCCGCUCAUCGCUGCAACUGCACACCCUGCUCUUCACCGACCCCUCCCCAGGUACCACCUGCUCUUCACCGACCCCUCCCCAGGUACCACCUGCGCUGAAUCGCACCCUUCCAGCGCCCAGCAACCGAGUGAUGGCCGCUUCGGCAUCGGGCCACCUGCGAGUGUGGGACCUCAGGUCCCCUUCUCACACACUCAUGGAUACUGCAAUCUCGCCCCCCACCCACACCACACUCGCCCUCCCCUCCUCCCCACUCGCGCUCCCGCUUGUCCUGCUGACAGCUGGCGCCACGGGAUUGGUCCAAAUCUUGGAUGCCGCCUCCCUCACUCCCCUUCGCCGCCUGCGCCGGCCGCCACUAGCCGAGCUGGCACUGGGCGGCGGAGCAGGGGUUGCAGUUGAGGUGGAUGGGAGUGGUGGGACAGGAGAAGGGCAGGGAUUAAUGCGAGGAACAGGGUGGGACAUGAGGGAAGGUGGGGAAGAGAAGGUGCAGAGCCAGGGUGGGCAGAGGGGUAGGGGCAGCAUGGAGGAGCAUGCUUCGACUGGAGGAAACGGGGCAGCUGCUGGUGUGAGCGGUAGGGGGGUGUUGGGAGGAGUGACAGCUGGAGUAACUGGCAUCGCUGCAAGAACAUCCACCUUUGUCACAUCGCAUGUCGAUGGAACUGCAACCUUAUGGUUUGUUGGUCUGUAG